CAUUAACACUCAACACAGGAACGCACUCAUACUCUACAUGGGCAACAACAACGGGUCGGAGUUCGUGGCGGUUGAGAUGCGCAACAGGCGCGUCCAGGUGACGUGGGACGUGGGUGGGGGGGCGCAGACCCUGCGUCACCCCCUGGAGCUGCUCACCAACACCCCCGCCGUGUCCAACGACAAGCGAUGGUACCACAUAGACUUCCGUCGGGUCGGCAACAUAGGACAGCUGCAGGUCCGGCCUGCCAACACCGAGGGCCUGCCGCUGCUGCUGCAGUUCGCUGAGCCUGUACAGGAUCAGUCGCCGCCUGGCUUCACUAACAUUAACCUGCAGCAAGGCUCAUCCGGCGUCUGGCUUGGAGGGGCGCCGCCCGCAGCGCUGGAGCGACUAAGCACAUCACAGUUCGCGGGUUGCCUCCACUACGCCACCAUCGACGGCGCUAACCUCGGCCUCUGGAACUUCACGGCCAGCGCUGGCUGCGCGGCCUGCAACGAAGGCGUGGAGCUCGUGACUCGCCAGGAGGACGAGAUUGCGUUCGGUUUUAACGGCAUGGGGUACUUCAAGGGCGAGCCUUACCCGUCCCGCAUCUCCCGGCCACGGUACUACUCCGUCGUGCUCGCCUUCAUCACGCUCGACGAGCACGCACUGCUCUUCCUCGUCACCAACGAAGCUAAGAAUCAACUGAUCAGCAUCACGGUGGAGGAAGGCCAUAUUGUUCUUAGAGUUCAUUACGACGAGCGUACGCAUUUGGUCAUGAAAUCUGAAAAACGUCUCAACAAUGUUGCCGACAUGACGACCAUCACGGCGACCGUCUCAAACAUCGCCACAGAUGGCAAGCACAUGGCGCAGUUGUCUGCGGGCUCCGACUCUCAGCUGGCCACUGUCAGCGGGGGCACUGAUUUAGAUCUCGACAUGGAGCCUUUCUACUUCGGUGGAGUUGAUCCGCAGUUCGAUAGAAGAAGGUGGGGUGACCAGGUCGUCCUGCAGUCCAUGCUGGGCUGCAUGUCCAGCCUCUCCGUCAAGGGCUCCGGACGCAACCCUUUCACCGACGGCCAGUUUUACGGCAUAGAAAAUUCCUGCUCUGAGAAGCCCCUGGACGAGGUUGGCUUCGUGGGCGGCGAUGGCUUCAUCGAGCUCGCCUCGCAGGAGCUGCGCCGCGACUCAAACUUCGGCUUCACCUUCCAGACCAUGGAGGCCGACGCCCUGCUGCUGCUCUCUACCUUCGUCGGACAGGGUGGUGACUCCGACGCCAUGGCGACUGCCACCACAGCGCCAUCUCCGCUGCCUGAAGGUAUGCGGGAGCACCCACCCGACUUCUACUCAGUGAGCCUGGUGGAGGGGCACCUGGACCUGCGUCUGUAUGCCGGCGACAACAGACAUCGUCUUCUGUCCAGAGAAACAUUCAACGAUGGCACGCCGCACUCCUUCUUCGUACUCAGGGAAAACAGGAAAAUCACGUUGCUGGUGAACGACCGCGCGGUGAACGUGACUCGCCUGAGCCGGCGAGGCACCAUCAUUCAAGGGCCCAGUCAAGGAGGCCUCUACUUCGGCGGCGUACCUGAGGGACUCGAUAUCGUCUCCAUGGUCGGGUCCACGGCGCCCUUCAAGGGAUGCAUCCGUGACGUCAUCGUCAAUAAUAAAGUGGUGUCGUUCACGAGACCGACGCGCUUCCAAGGCGUGUACAUCGGACGCUGUGGCGACCUGCCCGCCAACGCCAUACGGGGCAUGGAGCGCGAUGUCAAGAAAAUAGAGUCGUGCCAGCCGCCCACGCAGCACACGCUGGAGUACGGCGCCCUCAAGUUUGGCGACACUCCGUCCUCUCACGCCCUCAUCCCCGUCCCCAAGUCCACCUUCGCUGAGGACUUCAGUCUAUCCUUCGAGUUCAGGACACAUCAUCCUAACGGACUCUUCCUCCAUGCUCAGCCUGAGCGUGAACCCGGCGAUGACGUGAGCCAUCAUCAUCGUCGACGUCGUCGCGGCUUCCUGACGCUGAGCUUGCAGAACGGCCGCGUGGUCGUGACGACGCACGGCAGGAGGCGACGUGAGCCCAUCGUCGUCAUCUCCAGGGCGUCCGGCCUCAACUCCGGCGUGUGGAAGAAGGUGCUGCUGGAGAAGCAAGACAAGACGAUGCUCCUCGCUGUGGACUCUGAAGACGAAGUCUCCAGCGCCCUCGUCCCCCGUCGCAUCGUCAAGACCUCGCAAGUCUACAUCGGGGGACUUGCCGAUACUCUCACGGAGUCCAAUCACACUCAGCCCAUGGACCCUCUAAGAGGUUGCUUGCGUAACUUCAUCGUCAACUCGGAGCGCUGGGACAUCCCACAGAAGACGCGCGCUGACCAUCUGGUGGGGGUGGGCCAGUGCUUCGCUCAUGUCCAGCCAGGCUCCUACUUCCCUGGCGACGCCUACGCCAUAUACAGCUCGGAGCUCAGUGUGGGGCCGGUGCUGGAGUUCGCCCUCGAGUUCCGUACGUGGGAGCUCAAUGGCGUGCUGCUCUCAGUAGCUGAUCCUUCUGAGGGCACCUCGCUGGCUCUCGAGCUCGUCAACGGCGCCGUGGUUCUGAACGUGACUGUAAGCAAAGGUCACAGUUUCGGUGCCCGCGUGGGCUUCCGUAACCGCUUCAGCGUGUGCGACAACGCGUGGCAUGCUGUGCGCGCGCACUUUGUCAAAGACUCGAUCACACUGCGCGUCGACGACGAGCCAGAGGCGUAUGGCUUCAACGGCGCCCACGAUGUCAAGAGGAUUUGGGUUGAGGCGCCGCUCUUCAUCGGGGGCUUGCCAGAGUACGCGCCCCAGGGCUCGCUGAAGUCCAGAGACAACUUCCGUGGCUGCAUCCGCAACAUCGUGAUGGACAGCGCGCGGACGGACUGGACUGACAUGUACAGGCUCCAUAAUGUUCUUCUCAAUGCUUGUCCUGUGCAUUAAACUCUAUUUUUUCUUUCCGGAACAACUUAAAACGAUUAAAAAAUUGCUGUAAUCAAAUUAAACCUAGCAUUUUAAAGAAAUGUUUAGAAAAGUUGCGGGUUGCAGAUAUAGUUUGCUUAAUACUACUCAAGUGACUGAGAUUGUAAAGAAAUAUUCAUGUAUGAUUUGUUGAUUCUUUCCAAAUACUCGCUUGCCAGAAGAUUCUAGUAUCAGUCAAUAUCAAUAUAUCAUCGUCAAUAUUUCCUUUUUAUUUUAUCUAUUUUGAAUGUUCAAAUACAGAAAUAAAAACGAAUGUCCUGUUAGGAUCGAAACUUUAUCCACUAAGCCGAAACCUCAUCACGCCGGCCAACUAUUCAAACUUUCAACAACUAAAAAUCAAACGACCAAUUUCAUUAUAAUUCCGCUUACCUUUCAUCGAAUGUUUGUGCCGGAUUCAAGCACAGUAAUGCAAGCGCGUACCUAACUUAACACUGUAAAACAAUCUUGUACCGGAAAAACAUCUAAUGUAAAAUAGCAAAACAUUUUUGUGCCAAACUUGAAUGAAUUUUUGUGCCAAACCGGAGCAGUUGUGCAAGAUUGUGCCAAAGUUUAACAUAGCGAUGAAAGCUCGUACCUAACUUAAACAUUGCAGUGCUAAUUUGUGCCGUAUUGAAACACUAAUGCAAGUUUGUGCCGAACUCGAACACCAACAAAAGCUUGUGUAAAACUUAAAUGCUGGAAUGCAAACUUGUACCAAAACGAACAUUAUUGUGAUUAUGUGCCAAAUUUAAUAGAAUGUUGCAAGCUUGCACCUAAUUCAAGGUUUGAAGCUCAUGCAUGCAAACUUACACUAAACUGUACACCACCGUAAAGUCUGAUAUAUAUUGUUGGAUAUUAGUGGAAACGCUGAAAAUUACAUUCGAAUUUAGUUGAGCUUGUACUACAUGCUUAGAGUUGACUUUCGUUCAAUGUUUGUAAUAUUUCUGAUUUUCCAUGUUGAAAAUUUACAAUAAAACUAAUUUUAGUCUUUAAGUUCUCAUGCUAAAAUCUGCUAAAUCUGCUUAUUUGUAAUGCAUCCGAUUGUGAUCUGUGUUCUAUAAUUCUAAUUGUUUUCUGUUGAGAGGUGUAGGAGAGAUUUCUAAGCAAUCCGGAUCAGCAAGAAGAACCUCACGAAUUUUUAACAUCAGAAUCUUUUUGAGUGUCAGAUGAAAAUAAUGAUUUAUAUCGUAAAUAAUUCAUGGGCUUCUCGCCGUACAGUAUCAACAGCCUGGGUCACUUGUAGGUCCCAGCGUUCUAAUCAAGUGAUUCAUUUCUCUGGGUAAAAGUUGCCUGCGCAGUGCACAUUUUCUUUGCUGUGGAGAUCAACUGGCGUAUUUAUUUAGUCAGGAACUUGUACAGGUAAAUACAUCUUCAGUUGAAUGUUUUCUGUCAGAAAAAUUUUCCUACCAGUUUUGGCGCAAAUCAAAGUUAGACUUUAUUUGCUGUCGAUCUCUCUGAUUAUAGCAAUGAUGUUGUUAAGGCGAAGUAUUCUUGACUUGCGAGUUUACAUAGUUUAAUUUUUAAUGGAAAUAAAUGUAGCCUGACGUAAAAAGACUAAUACUUCUUACUCUUAAAUUAAAUGCGUUUAAUAAAAAUGCUAUUGACCAAAA